UGUAUAAAUAAAGGUAAUGAAUUUACAUGUUUGGUAUGGAUUAUCAACCAUGACUAAACUCCUUCUUAACUCAUCACUCCCUAUUUUCAUACAAUCCUUAGCAAAGAACCCUUGGCCUUUCCCUUGUUCUUCCUUAUAAUACAACCCUUUUCUUUUAUAAUCUCUUAGGGUUUUCAUUUUUGAUCAUCACCUUUGUUGAAGAAAUGGGUAAUGGUGAGAAAAAUUCAAGGAACUUUCAUUUACACAUACCCCACCUUCAUCAUCAUCAUCAAGGGAAGAAGCAAGCAAAGGGUGUGCCAAAAGGGUGUUUGGCUAUCAAAGUAGGACCAAAAGAAGAAGAACAACAAAGGUUUGUGGUGCCGGUUUUGUAUUUUAAUCAUCCUUUGUUCAUGCAAUUGUUGAAAGAAGCUGAGGAAGAGUAUGGGUUUGAGCAGAAGGGUAUGAUUACCAUCCCUUGUCAUGUAGAAGAGUUUAGGAAUGUUCGUGGGUUGAUUGAUGGUGAAAAGUCACUUCAUCAUCAUCAUCAUCAUCAUCAUCAUCAUCACCAUCAUGUUGGGUGUUUUAGGGUUUGAUGAAAAGAAAAAGAAAAAAGUUGUUAUUAACACCUCAAAUGAAGAAAGAAAAAAGGGUUUUUAUGGUUUAGCAAGUGCCAAACAAUACUAGGCCAACUUAACCAUAAAUGAAAUAGGUUUGAUUGUUAAUUAUUAGUGUAUUAGCUUUGUAAAUUUACGACUGUUUUUUUUAAUUUGAGAGUGAGAUAAAAUUGUAAAUUGAUGACUUGAUUAAUACGAAUAUUUUAUCACUCCACCAGUAA